AUGGUAGGAAUACCUCUUUCUGGAAUGAUCCUUAGGGGGGGAGAAGGGACUAAGCUGAACCUGAAGUACAAGAGAAUGUUUGACGUUUCUAACCAACAACAGAAUCCCAUAUCUGAUAUGGGACUAUGGGUGGAUGGAGGCUGGGUGUGGCGGUUUAAUUGGAGACGAGCUUUGUUUGUUUGGGAGGUGAAGCUUCUGGAUGAGCUGACUACUUCCUUACAGAACUUUAAACCUGUAGUGUCGGAAGAGGAUAAAUGGGUUUGGGUGGUUUCUGAGGGUGGAGGUUUUUCGGUUGCAUCGGCCUAUAAAUAUUUGCAAGAUCAAGGGCUGGUCGAGGUAAGCAAGGCAUUUGAGGCAUUGUGGAAAAUUCCAGCUCCAUCGAACGUUUUGGCGUUUGCCUGGAAAGCGUUACUUGAUAGAAUUCAGUCCCGCGAAAACUUGAGGAAGCGAAAUAUAAUUGCUGUGGGCCAGGUUAGCUUGUGCUUAUUAUGUCAAGAGGAUGAAGAGAGUACAGGUCAUGUGUUAUUUUCAUGUAAACGAUCUUGGGAAGUUUGGAUGUGGUGCUACAAUUGGUGGGGGAUUCAAACAGCACUACCACAUGACUGUAAAGGGCACUUCGAACAGCACGUGUCUGUAGGUAGGAGGAGCGUGGGAAUUGGCUGGUUAGUGGUAUGGUGUUCAUGUAUCUGGGCAAUAUGGUUAGCUAGGAACCAAAUGGUGUUUAAACAUGCUGUUAAUGUUGCUGAUAAAGAAAGACUAACAGAGGUGAUUAAAUUGAAAUCUUGGAUCUGGUUGAGAGGCAAGCUAAAAGGCUUCUCUUACUCAUUCUAUGAGUGGUCAACAAAUCCAAAGGUGUGUCUUGAGGGUGCUGGCUGA